ACGACGGAGCAUCCCCGUUAAAAAUUCACAAGGUCAAAGAAUAGAAGGGAAAGAAAAACCAAAAAAAUAAAAAAUAAAAGCUUCACAAAAAGAGAAAAUGCCUCUCUGUGAUCCGAAGAAUUCUCAGUCUAUGCUCCAUUCUCUUCACCCUUCCCCUUCUCAACACCACAACUUGUCCAAAUACUAAGCAAGCCCAAACCCGCCAUUGAUGACAGACAAAGCUUCUUCGUCCAGAGAGGGACUUGACAAAUCUUUUGGCCCCUAAAAAGUUAUGAACAAAUUAUAAUGAACACAAUCAUCGGCAAAACCACCUUAUUGUCCCCCCGACAACAUGCGACUUGUGAAUUUCAGAACCAACACCAUCCUCCCCUGGACUUUCCUCACCAUCACCGUGCUCUACAUCCUCUACUCCUCCAACCUUCUCCUCCGACACAACCCGAACCCCGACCUCUCGUCGUCCUUGUCUUCCUCCUCUUCCUCCCUGAAGUCUUCCGAGAACAUCUCCAUGGAAGAGAACCUCGGGAUGACGACAUCGGCUGCCUGCAACAUAUCCUCCGCCCAGAAGGUGCUCAAGGAAGAUGAGGAGGAGGAUGAGCGCGCAGUUGCUGAGGACCAGCAGGGUAUGAGCAGCUCCGUCGCCUGUGUUCGGCCCCAGGACUCCAACACAGAGCUGAAGCAUAUUGUGUUCGGGAUCGCGGCGUCUGGGAACCUUUGGCAGAAGAGGAAGGAGUAUAUAAAGCUGUGGUGGCGACCUAAGGAGACACGCGGAGUCGUGUGGCUAGAUAGAAAGGUGAGGACAUACAGACACGAACAGCUGCCGGAGAUCCGGAUCUCCGGUUCCACAUCGAAGUUCAAGUACUCAAACAGGCAGGGCCACCGAUCGGCGCUGAGGAUCUCAAGGGUCGUGUCAGAGACCCUGAGCAUGGGGCACAAAGACGUGAGGUGGUUCGUGAUGGGGGACGAUGACACAGUCUUCAUGGUCGAGAAUGUGGUGCGGGUUCUACAAAAGUACGACCACCGCCAAUUCUACUACAUCGGGAGCUCCUCGGAGAGCCAUGUCCAGAACAUAUACUUCUCGUACGCAAUGGCAUAUGGGGGAGGAGGUUUUGCGAUCAGCUACCCACUGGCGGUGGAACUGGCCAAGAUGCAGGACAGGUGCAUUCAGCGGUAUCCCGGGCUGUAUGGCAGCGAUGAUAGGAUGCAGGCUUGUAUGGCCGAGCUCGGAGUCCCACUCACUCGUGAACUUGGGUUUCACCAGUAUGAUGUGUAUGGAGAUCUCCUAGGCCUGCUGGCGGCCCAUCCUGUGACGCCUCUCGUGUCGAUCCACCACCUCGAUGUGGUGGAACCCAUCUUCCCUACCAUGACCCGUGUCAAGGCCAUCAGCCACCUCUUUGACUCCGUCAACCUCGACUCCGCCAGCAUCAUGCAGCAGUCCAUCUGCUACCACGCCAAGCGCUACUGGUCCAUCUCUGUCUCGUGGGGCUAUGUGGUUCAGAUCAUAAGGGGGGUGAUCUCGCCCCGCGAGCUCGAGAUGCCCACAAGGACGUUCCUCAACUGGUACCGGCGGGCUGAUUACACAGCAUACGCAUUCAACACGAGGCCUGUGAUGAAGCACCCAUGCCAAAAGCCCUUUGUGUUCUACAUGAGCGCAUCGAGGUACGACCGUGCAAAGAAGCAGACUGUCGGGAUCUACAGCCGGAGGAAGGGGGUGGCCCACCCCUACUGCCGAUGGAGGAUGGCCUCUCCCAGUAAUAUCGAAACCAUUGUGGUCCUCAAGAGACCCGAUCCUCUCCGCUGGCAAAAGUCGCCGAGGAGGGAUUGCUGCAGAGUUCUCCCGUCUCGUAAGAACUCAGUCAUGUACAUAUCGCUUGGAAACUGCCGAGCAGGUGAAGUCGCCGAGUUGUAGGCAAAGCAGCAUCGCAGAAGUGUUAGAUCUAUUCUUUCAUUCUUCUUUGCUCCAGUCCUCAACGAAGAUCUCACGACAAGAUUGUGGAAGCAAUUUGGAGCAAUGAACCCGGGAUGAAUAGAACCCUUCUGGUUUUUGGUCUAGUAUGCUGCAGAAACCCAAUACAAGAUAUCAAUCCCUGCUUUCUUCCCUGUAUUACUCGGCAAGUUCGUUCCGUAUAUUUCUGUCACUGAACUGACAGUCUGACAGAGAAAACAUUCUUUUCUAUAUGUGAGAUAGGAGAAUUGUAGUCGCUAUAAUCUGCAGAUCAAUCAUCGAUUCUUGUUUUUCUUUUC